GCGUAUAAUUUAUUAAAUAUGCUUAGUAUUCAAUUGAAUUCUAUUUUAUAUCUCCUCAUAUUUGAUUGUGUUAAUAAACUUGAUGGUUUAAAAUUAUCAAAAUUAUGUACAACUCUUACAGUUAAUCUAAGAAGUCAAAUAAGUAUCAAUCGAAAUGUAAGCUUAAUCGUAUCAUCAUCAUCAUCAUCAUCAUCAUCGGAUAUGCAGUCUGAUUUAAAUCAAUUAAAGUAUCAAGAUAAAGUAAUGAUGGAUGAUAAUGGAUUUGAAUUACGUAUUCGAAGAGUAAAUGAUGGUGUUAUGAUUGAUGAAUGGUAUGAACCUGGAAGAAAAUAUUAUGUAAUAUUGACAAAUCGAUUUCAUUCAGUAGGAUUUCGUGAUGGAUUAAUAUGGAUUGAACCUAAUAUGAAUAAGGAAAAAAUGAUGAUGAAUAUAAAAAUGGAUUCAUCAAUUCUUGUGGAUAGUAAAUCACUUAAUGGACAACUCAAUUCAAACACAUUAACAGAUAAUAUGAACAAUUGCUCUUCUAGAGAGUUAGGUGAAUGGAUUCAUUUAACUAAUCAGGAUCCAAAUAAUAAUAUUUUAUCUGAUUUAUGGACAACAGAGACAGCAGUCACUCAAACAAGAUUAGGUUGUGAAGGUCUUACAGCUGAGAAGAUAUCACGUACUCAAAGACUUGUUACAAAAAUGAUUGUUAUAUGGAAAGCACCAUUAAAAGAUAAAUGUGGUUGUAUCAAUAUUAAUGCAGCUGUACAAACACAUAAUGAACAAAGAGAAAUAUUUUCCGCUAUAGGUGGUUUGACCAAAACACUUUGUCCAAGUUAUACACGACCACCAAGUCCUGUUCUUCCAGCUUACAUGUUACCUGCAAAUGAUAGAAAUGUUGAAAGUUCCACAAAAGAAAGAACAAUGAAGUUAUUACAUGAUGAAUUUAUGCAUUUGGAUAGUAUGCAACCUCAAGACUGUUGUGCUUGCGGUUCAGCAACUUAUAAGCUCACCUUUACUGGUAUGUGGACUAAAGUAACUCAUCCAAAAGACUGGCCCGUUCACAAUCCUGGAGCACUUCACUGGACUAACCUUAUUGGUGCUAGUCACGCACCAAGUUUCCAAAUUUACCGUAUGGGAGAACCAGCAAGUGCUGGAGUUCAAGCUGUUUGUACGUAUGGUGACACAACUGUGAUGAAACAGUCACUCGGGAUCGCCGCUACAAACACAGGCUCUUUAGGAGGAGUUCCAUCUGGAACUCAAAGAGGUUCUACCGGUAUCGGACCGUUAUUCAGUCUAGUAUCUGCUCCAGGUAUGUGGGGAGAAGAAGCUCUUGAAGAGACGAGAACGACUUAUGUUGGUGUAAAUAGAACACAUCCUUUAAUAUCAUUUUUAACUAUGCUUGGACCCAGUCCUAAUUGGUGUACAGGUAUUUCCAGUCAAUCAGUUUGUCAAGCGGAUUGCACCUGGGUAAAAAACAUUGAAAUUGACUUAUUUCCUUGGGAUGCUGGAGCUCGUAACGGUGAUACAUAUCUACCUAGAAAUUCAGAUAACAAGGAUGUUCCAGAACCUAUUCGUUUUAUCACCAGAGACUGGAUGCCAAAUAGUCCAUUCACGCCAGGCGUCCCGGUAGCAAAAUUAAUCUUGGAAAGAGUUUUACCUAAUGAAUCAUGGGAAUGUACGUCAAAGUUGUACGAUGGGGUGGAGGUAUUCAAUGCCGAUGGAAGUACAGAAACAGUAGGUUCCAGACCAGGAUCCCAAUCUAAUAAACAUUCUCCGAUAGUUCAGUCAGUUAUAGGGGAUUUAACAGGUGCACUACCAAAAAAAGUCGAAACAAAAUUGGUGGUGGAGUAGGCGGAACACGAAUUACAAGUGGAGGACUAGGUGGAGAUGAUCCUCUUUCAGAUCCAAGUUUGGCACAGAUGGCCACAUUUCUAUGUGUUACAAGUCCUUGGUCAGCCUGGGGGUCGUGUUCAGUUACGUGUGGUGUUGGUCGUCGAACUAGACAACGUGACAUGCUGAUCAAUAAGAAGACAGAGCUUUGUCAACAUGUUCCAUUAGUUGAAGAAGAGUCAUGUGAUGGUAUAAAACGCACAUGUGAUUUCAGUGCUAUGUGCAGCUUAUUACCAUGGACUGCUUGGACCCCAUGUAAUGCUACUUGUGAUAAACCGCAUGGAUGGCAAACACGUACACGUUAUUUAGCCCGCUCAUCAGAAAAGAAUUAUUGCGAACAUAUAUUUCAAAGUGAAACCGAGUCAAACAAUGGUACUUUACGAGAAUUGAGGGAAUGUCAGCCAAAAGAUACAGAUUGUGAUCCGGCUACAAUAUGUUCAGAGGGUAGAAAAGAUGGUAUAGAAUGUGGUGAAAAAGUUUUAGCAUACUACUAUAGUGCUAUUGAACAUGCAUGUUUACCAUUCAAAUAUUUAGGAUGUAAAGGUGGGCGUAAUCGAUUUCCUACAAAACAAGAUUGCGAAGAUUUAUGCAUUCCAGCUGUUGAAGCACUACCUAAUUGGCGAAGAGAACGGAUAGCUUUAUUACAAUAUCAAACAGCUCAAUUAGCUACAGACAGUAAUGAUUUUAAAAAUCAAUCGAUUUCUCCAGCUAAACACUGUUCUCAGGUAAUGGACCCUGGUUAUACUUGCAUGGAUGAUAACCCACCACAGAAUAGAUGGUAUUUUUGUCCCCGCCUACGAAGAUGUCGUGAUUUUGAAUAUCGUGGUUGUGGUGGUAAUGAAAACAAUUUUGAAACAUAUCAUAGUUGCUUAUCUGAUUGUCUCCCGUUAGAAAUGGAGAAGCUACGACAAAUCAAUAAGGCACGUAUGGCUAGUAUGCGUACAUACACAAAUGACACUUCUAUGAUAAAAAAUAAUGCAACAAAUAAUCAUACCGCUAUCUCUAUACCAAAAUCAGUGGAUGAUAAAAAUGAUGUUGAUUCAUUAAAUGAAAUAGAACAUCAAAAAUUAGAUGAUAUAUCGGGUCAUAAACAAGAUUGCAUAAUGACUACAUGGAGUGGUUGGAGUCCAUGCUCAGUAUCAUGUUCUCAUCAAAAAGGUACGCAAAUGCGUUGGAGAUAUAUCGAAAAACCUUCAAUGCAUGGUGGGAAUUCAUGUGGUACACUAUUUGAAAAACGUGAAUGUCAUGGAAUUGCAUGUUAAUAUAAUCAAGAAUAUACAAAGAAAAUUCAUUCUUACUGUAAAUUCAACAAUUAACGUACUUCUCAAAGCAUUGAAUGCUUUAUUCUAUCAUCAUAUGACAACAAAAAGAUCUUUUUAAAUACUCAGAAAUCAAUAAAUGAUUAGUAAUAAUGUCUCCAAGGUAUUUGUUUGAGCAUUCAAGCUCAUAUAUAAACAAAUAAUACUUAUUAUCAUUCAAUUCAAUAUCUUUAUUUACACUUCAUAUAUGUAGCCAUUUUUAAUAAAUAAAUAAAUAAAUAUCCUUUUAUAGUAUUUUUGUGAGAUUCCCC